CCUCUUCCCCACAUUCCCCUGCUUGUCCCCUUCCUCGUAGCAGUCUAUCAGCAGCAGCAUGUCCCGCUCACUCCAAGCAGAAGAAGCCGCCUUCCAGGCAGAAGUCGCCAAUGUCAAGCAGUGGUGGGCGACACCCCGCUUUGCUCGCACGACGAGGAUGUACACUGCUGAGGAUAUUGUUCGCAAGCGUGGGACGGUCAGGCAGUCUUAUACCAGCGACCAGAUGGCGAAGAAACUCUGGGGUGUCCUCUCUGAGCAUGCAAAGAACCAGACUCCCAGUAUCACCUUCGGCGCGCUGAACACGGUCCAGCUUACCCAGAUGGCAAAGUACCUUGACACGGUCUACGUCUCUGGCUGGCAGUGCUCUUCCACCGCAUCGACGUCUAACGAGCCCUCUCCCGACCUCGCAGACUACCCGAUGGACACGGUGCCUAACAAAGUGGAGGAACUGUUCUUCGCCCAGAUAUUCCAUGAUCGUAAGCAGGCGGAGGAACGACUUGCCCUUCCGGUGGAGAAGCGCGCUCCGCUUGGAGAACCGAUCGACUUUAUGCGCCCGAUCAUCGCGGAUGCUGAUACUGGACAUGGAGGCUUGACAGCCGUUAUGAAGCUCACCAAGAUGUUCAUCGAGCGCGGCGCUGCUGGGAUUCACGUGGAGGACCAGGCGCCUGGAACGAAGAAGUGCGGUCACAUGGCUGGCAAAGUGCUCGUCCCUAUCUCGGAGCACAUCUCUAGGCUCGUGGCUAUGCGCGCACAAUGCGACAUCAUGGGCACCUCGACGCUCCUCGUCGCUCGUACCGAUUCUGAAGCCGCGACGCUGAUUACCACGACGAUUGAUCCUCGCGACCAUGGUUUCGUGAUCGGGACGACGAACGCCUCUCUUGACCCGCUCGUCGACGUCAUGCGCGCCGCGGCGCAGCAGGGCGGAGCCCUGGAAGCAGUGGAACAAGACUGGGUCCAGAAGGCAGGAUUGUGCACUUACGACGCUGCUGUCCUCGCUGCUCUGAAGCAGACUGGUGCUCGCGCACAGGCAAAGAUUAACGAGUACACCCAGACUCCUCAUGCUAGUAACUCCAAGGCGAGAAAGCAUGCUGCCCAGCUGCUCGCUCCCCUCCCUGCGCCCUUCUGGGACUGGGACGCCCCUCGCACGAGGGAGGGGUACUACAGGUACGAAGGCAGCACGCGCUGUGCCGUCAACCGCGCUGUCGCGUAUGCGCCGUACUGCGACCUCCUGUGGAUGGAGAGCAAGAAACCGAUCUAUGAGCAGGCGAAGGAGUUUGCUGAGGGUGUGCAUAAGGUGCAUCCGGGCCAGUGGCUGGCGUACAACCUCAGCCCGUCGUUUAACUGGAAAGCCGCAGGCAUGUCGACAGAAGAAGAACGCACUUUCAUCUGGCGUCUGGCCAAGCUCGGCUUCGUAUGGCAGUUCAUCACCCUCGCCGGCCUGCACUUGACUGCACUCUCUACGGACGUGUUCGCAAAGGCGUUCGCAAAGGAGGGCAUGAAGGCGUAUGUGGAGCUUGUCCAGGAACCGGAGGGCGAGGCGGGUGUCGAGGUCCUGACCCACCAGAAAUGGAGCGGUGCAGAAUUCAUCGACGAAAUCCUUCGUAUGGUCAGUGGCGGAUUCUCCAGUACCGCGGCAAUGGGCGAAGGUGUCACAGAAUCACAAUUCGUCAAGCCUAAGCUCUAGGUUUCAAGUACUCCGAAGUGAUCAAUCAAUCGCAUCGCCGUAUCGGCCUGAGGAGACACCUGUACACUUCCACAUCCGUUCCCGGCAUUCGGUCCCCUUCCCUUCCUUUUCCCAUUCAUUAACCUAAAACAUCGGGGUGCGAAACCUAGACGAAACGGGAAAAAACGGGCAUUCUUUUCUUGUAGUGUGACCAAAACUUGUGUACAGCAGACAAUAGGAUUUGUUUAUGUGUGCUUGCGUGCCUCGGGGCUGUACUUGGCCUUUGAGGACCGGGGAUAGUCUGUCGUCAGGUACAGCAAGGGAGAAGUACUGGGACGUCUUCUC